AUGGUGAAUGUUAACAAGAAAAGCCAUAGGAAGACCUCUAGAAGAGCACAAAAUCAGGCAAUUCAUAGUGAUCGUGGAUCUCUUUUUAAUAGAAUUGGUUCGAAAUCAUCGAGAAGCAAUGAUACUUCUAAUGCUGAGGACACAAAAAAGGCUACGGGGAAAAGUGAGGGUAGCAGUAAUGCUUUAAAGGUCAUCAAUGGGAGACUGAUCAAUGCUGAUGAUAUAGGAGCACAGUUACGAGAGUUUAAUAAACGGAACAUAUCUAAGAAUAAAGCUCAUAAGCGCGCGCUGCUGGCUGGUAAUGGUUCUCCCAGACGCCGUAAGCUUUUGAAAGAGCGAAUUCCAGCUCCUAUGAUUGCCUCGAGGUCUGUCUUCAGCAGCAGUAAUUAUGAUGAUGAGAGCGAUAUGCCAUCCAGGUCUCGUGGUAAAAAAGGUAGUGUUAGUAGGAACCGGAACCUUCAAUCUUUAACUAUAUAA